AUGGAUUCCUCGUCUGAAGCAAGGAGUGAGAAGGUCUGGUCGUUGAAGGAGAUCAGAGAGUUAGUGGAGCAAGGUCACGCAAUUGUUAUUUCCCGGGGUUACGUUCUGAAGUUGGAUUCAUGGCUCAAUUAUCAUCCUGGUGGUGCAAAAGUUAUCCUACAUGUUGUGGGGAGAGAUGCCACCGUUGAACUGGAUGCUAAGGAUGUCAGGGCUAAGAUGGACCGGUAUCGAAUCGGUAAGCUGGAAGAGCCAUGGGUGAAUAUCAUACCCCCUAUUCAAAGACAAUCACUUCGGCCACCAGAAACCGAGAUCGAGAAAGAACCAUCGACGCCUAUUUCCGAAAUCCCAUUGGUAGAUGUCACCGUCACCGAAAAUCUCCUAGCUGUCCCGUGUCAAGCAAAUCCCGACAGCGAUGCAAGUUCCAUUGCCUCUUCAAUUUUCGAUAAUGAGGGUUUACGAUCUCGAAAUCGAGCAGUUGGAAGUUCAGUCGAUUCUGAAGAGAUUCCUGACUUGGAACCCAAAAUGAUGGAUGCUUCAGAAUUAGAGGCUAAAUUCCAAGCUCUAAUCGCAAAAUUAGAAGAUGAAGGUUUAUACGAUAGUAAACUCUCCGCAUACGUGACGGAAAUCCUGAGAUGCGCAAUCCUGUUUUCUCUUUCGCUCGUAUUUCUUCGUCUGGGGUGGUACGCAAUCAGUGCCGCUUUCUUGGGUAUGUUUUGGCAUCAAAUCGUCGCUACCGCACACGAUGCCGGUCAUUUAGCCGUAACCCACGACUACAAUAUCGACUUUCUAAUCGGUGGGAUCGUAUUAAAUUUCUGCGGGGGACUUUCAAUAGGCUGGUGGAAACGCAAUCAUAAUAUUCACCACAUCGUUACCAAUUCGCCAACACAUGAUCAAGAUCUUCAAAUCCUCCCUUUCAUCGCUAUUUCUCCCGUAUUCUUCGAUUCCCUCUACUCGACCGCUUCAGAAUGCAUCAUGCACUAUAACUGGUUUGCUAAAUUCAUGGUCCCAAAACAAGCAUGGACGUAUUACUUCCUCCUCUCCGUCGCGCGAUUUAAUCUCUACUAUCUAGCCUGGGAUUUCAUCCUCCGCGAUCUAGGCACCAAACUCCACCGCAAACAACGCAUUUUCGAAUUAAUCGGACAAAUUUUCUUCUGGACAUGGUUCGGAUAUUUCCUCGUUUACCGUAGCAUUCCUACGCUCUCCCAACGCAUCAUCUUCUGUCUCAUCUGCCACAUGAUUACCCUCCCCCUGCAUCUCCAACUCACCGUCUCCCACUUCUCCAUGUCGACGGAAGAAUCAGAGCCCAGUGAACAUUGGAUCCAGCGCAUGUUUCGCACAACCAUGGAUGUAGAUUGUCCGACGUGGAUGGAUUGGUUUCAUGGCGGGCUCCAAUUCCAAGUUACGCAUCAUUUGUUUCCGCGGAUGCCGCGGCAUAAUCUGCGACGCGCGAGUGGAUUUGUCAAAGAAUUUUGUAGGGAGACGGGAUUGAAGUAUGAGGUUUAUGGGUUUGGGGUUAGUAAUGGGAGGAUGUUGGAUAGGCUUGCUGAAGUGGCCAGACAGGCGAGUUAUUUGAAGGAUUGUCAGGAUAGUAUUGUGAUUAAGCUUAUGGUCACAUGA